UGAUCAAAGCCAAGGGAUUGUGUCUUGACUGUUGUAACCUAGAACAGGCUAAAGUAUUUGGCAAUAAAAUGGGUAGAAAAGUGAUAGUUGCAACAUGUUCCUUAAAUCAGUGGGCUAUGGAUUUUGAGGGAAACAUGCAGAGAAUCCUUCAAAGUAUUCAUGAAGCAAAAGCAAAAGGAGCUACUUACAGACUUGGACCAGAGCUUGAUAUUCCAGGUUAUGGAUGCCAAGAUCAUUUCCUUGAAAGUGAUACAUUUCUUCAUUCAUUCCAAGUGCUUGCUCAAUUGCUGAAGUCUCCCAUAUGUCAGGAUAUUAUUUGUGACGUGGGCAUGCCAGUCAAACAUAAAAAUGUGGCUUACAACUGCAGAGUACUGUUUCUUAACAGGAAAAUUCUAUUGAUCAGACCUAAAAUUCAGUUAGCAUGUGAUGGCAACUAUAGGGAGUAUCGUUACUUCACUGGCUGGGCUAAACUUCAGCAGACAGAGGAAUAUUUUCUCCCUCGCAUGAUCCAAGAAAUAACAGGGCAGCAAACAGUACCAAUUGGGGAUGCAGUCUUAUCAACCUUAGAUACUUGUAUAGGCAGUGAGAUUUGUGAGGAGUUGUGGACAGCAGAAAGCCGACAUGUGGCUAUGGGUCUGGAUGGAGUGGAAAUAUUUACUAAUGCAAGUGGAAGUCACCAUCAACUCAGGAAGGCCUAUGAAAGUGUAGACUUGGUAAAAAGUGCAACAUAUAAGAGUGGUGGCAUAUAUUUGUUUGCCAACCAGAUAGGCUGUGAUGGAGACAGACUGUAUUUUGAUGGCAGAUCAAAGAUAGCAAUAAAUGGAGACAUAAUUGCUCAGGGAAAACAGUUCUCUUUGAAUGAAGUGGAAGUAUUGACAGCAACUUUAGACUUGGAAGAUGUCCGUGGCUAUAAAAAUCAGAUCAAGUCCAGGUGUCAAUCAGCAGCUACAUGUAAAGCCUUUCCGAGAGUGAAGGUGGAUUUUUCAUUGUCUCAUGAAGAUGACUUUUUCUUUCCUGUCUAUGAGCCAAUAGAAUGGAAAUACCACACACCAGAGGAGGAGAUUGCCCUUGGUCCAGCAUGUUGGCUUUGGGAUUACUUACGCCGCAGUGGCAGCGGAGGAUAUUUCUUGCCUCUCAGUGGUGGCAUUGACAGCUCCAGUACUGCUUGUAUAGUGGCCUCCAUGUGUCAUCUGGUCUGUGAAGCUGUGCUUGAGGGAGAUUCCAAAGUAUUAGAGGAUGCCAGGAAAAUUACAGGAGACCCAAACUACAUUCCUACAGACCCCAAAGAACUGGCCAAUAGAGUAUUCACCACUUGCUAUAUGGCAACAGAUCAUAGUUCAAAAGAAACUAUGGAAAGGUCAAGGAAGCUUGCUGAGCAGAUAGGAAGUCACCAUCUUCAAAUCAAAAUAGACACAGCAGUGGCAGCAGUUCUGGGUAUAUUUACUGCAGUGAUGGGGCUUGUACCCAGGUUCAAGGCUCAUGGGGGCAGUCUGAGAGAGAAUGUGGCAAUGCAGAAUAUCCAGGCCAGGCUGCGUAUGGUUCUAGCUUACCUAUUUGCACAGUUAUCUCUAUGGGCCAGAGGGAGACCAGGAGGACUGCUGGUGUUGGGCUCUUCAAAUGUAGAUGAAAGUUUGCGUGGCUACCUUACCAAAUAUGACUGCUCCAGUGCUGAUCUGAACCCAAUAGGGGCCAUCAGUAAAACAGACCUCAGGAAGUUUAUCACUUACUCGAUUAAUAAAUUUGGCUUUACAGCUUUGAAAGACAUAUUUUCUGCACCUCCAACUGCAGAGCUGGAACCACUCAUGGAUGGCAAACUAGUACAGACAGAUGAGCAAGAUAUGGGUAUGACUUAUGAUGAACUUUCAGUCUAUGGUCGCCUUCGAAAGCAGGCAUUUUGUGGUCCAUAUAGCAUGUUUGGCAAAUUAGUGCACACUUGGAAAGAAAACUGUACUCCAAGACAAGUUGCCUCCAAGGUAAAGCACUUCUUCAGGUACUAUUCCAUUAAUCGGCAUAAGAUGACUGUCAUUACUCCUUCCUACCAUGCCGAAAGCUAUAGUGUGGAUGAUAACAGAUUUGACCAUAGACAGUUUUUAUACAACAUACAGUGGCCAUGGCAGUUCAGAAUGAUUGAAGAGCAGGUUCAAAUAAUGGAAAGCCGUCAGAUUGCUGCAGAAAGGAGAGGAGGAGGAGGUGGAGGAGGGGGCAAAAUAAAGAACACCAAUAUUGAGUAUGAAAGGGAACAGCUGAGAAGACAGAGUAGCAGUGAUUCUGAUCAGCAGAGAGGUACUGGAGGAGGAAAGAAAACAGGAGAUAAUGAUAAAGGGGUCAUGGUCACAAUGAUGCUGUCAUCUGGAGUGUCUUCCUCACGCCCAGUGCUGCUACCUGGUGCAUCAUCACUGCAGCCAGUGCUGCCACCUGGUGGGUAUUCCUCACAGCCAGACACUGAAGCUCUUAUAUUGAAUGGUUCAGAACCUCCAAAAAGAGGUUUCCAGCAAAAGAGGUCAUAUGAUUUGGAUAGUGGUCAGAGAUGUUGCACACCGACAGUGAUUGAUCCUCCAGUAUCUGCACCCAAGAGGUUUAAGCUAGGAAUCAGGGUAUUUUGAAGGCCAGAUGUUACUGUUAAGAUGUGGACAAGCUAUAAAGGUUCUUAUUAGCGUGGAAAAAGAAUGCAGCGUCCACAUGUCACAAGGUUUAGGAACAUAAUAUCUUGAUAAUCUCCAGUGGAAUAGGAUUCUAUCUAAGCACAGUAUCAUGUAGACUAUUGCUGAGAGACACUCAGCUGAUUUUAUUUGUUUGAUCUUAUAAUGUAACUUAAGAACAGUAACAACUAAAAAUUGCUGCUGAUCAUAGGCUGUGAAUUUAUAUAUAAUAUAAGUGUUUUUUUAUACAUGUAUUUUUCUUGCUUACUCGUGUUCACUUGCUAUUGAUUUUAUAAUUAUUUUGAUUUAAUGUAAUUCACUUUUGGAAUAGAUUUUUUUAACAUUUUACAAAGUACAUUUUCAAAACAUUAAUCGCUUCUGAUCAUAGUAUGUUAUGAUUAAAAAGAGCUACAAUAUCAGUGUUUUUGUUUGUAUAAUUUAUAAUGGGAAAUUUAAUGAUUUCUUUUGGCAUAGCUAAUUUUUUUUAUCUUCCUAUCGCAAAAACUGUACAGAUGAAUUGAGUAAUAUACAAUGAUAUAUGGAAUGUUGUAGCAAAGCAUAUAAUUGCUUUUAUAGAAAAU